AUGUUGUUGUUGGUGGCGGCGGCGAGCGCAGCCCAGCGCCGCGAAGAUGGAGGAGCCGUCGAGGGGACGCUGUCGCCGCUGUCGCCGCCACUGCUGCCGCGGCCGUCCGCGGGCCCGGAGCGCGAGCUGCCGGGGGGAUGCUGCCCUGAGUGCCUGAUCGCCCGGCCUGGAGGAUGGCCUUGGAUGGGCAGUAGAGGCGCGGUGGCCCUGGGCUCCUGUCCCGUCCGUCUGUCCGUCUGUCUUUUGUCGUCUGUUUCUGUUGACAUCACCGCAGCUCCACCUCCUCCUGUCCCAGCCCCGGCGUGCGCCGGCUUCCUGUGGGCCCAGAGCCGGCAUGAACUCUCCCACCGAGCCGGUGGAGGUCUCUGCAUGUGCUUUGAGCUCAAGAGCCUGGUGUGUGCUGACUGACCUGAGGCCAGGCUCAGGCUGGGAUGUGUGACAGAGCCCCUGGAACACUGAAGCUUCUGUUUGGCUCCUCAUGACCCAAGGCAGAUGGCGUGCCUGGCCGAGAGCCAUCCCUGGAGGUCCUGCCGCGGACACCGCCGCACGGUAUCCCUGUGGCAGUGGAGGUGAAGCCGGCGCUGCCUGGGGCCAUGCCUAGUACCAUGGGCCCUGGGGUGCGGCGGGGUGUUCCACCCGGGGCUGUGGACCCUGCAGACCCCGCAGACCCCGCGUUGCGGGAACGGCAGCUGCAGCAGGAGUUGGCGGCUCUGAAGCAGCAGCAGCAGCUGCAGAAGCAGCUCCUGUUUGCCGAGUUCCAGAAGCAGCAUGCACACCUGACGCGGCAGCAUGAGGCGCAGCUGCAGAAGCACCUGCAGCAGCAGCAGCAGGAGAGGCUGGCGGCCCAGCGGCAGCGAGAUCUGGAGCAGCAGCGGCGAGAGCAGCAGCGGCAGGAGGAGCUGGAGCGGCAGCGGCUGGAGCAGCAGCUGCUGGUCCUGCGCCACAAGGAGAAGAGCAAAGAGAGUGCCAUUGCCAGCACUGAGGUGAAGCUGCGGCUGCAGGAAUUCCUCCUGUCCAAGUCGAGGGAGCCCACGCCAGGCGGCCUCAACCAUUCCCUCCCGCAGCACCCCAAGUGCUGGGGAGCCCACCACGCUUCUUUGGACCAGAGCUCCCCUCCCCAGAGCGGCCCCCCUGGAACACCUCCCUCCUACAAGCUGCCUCUCCUGGGGCCCUAUGACAGCCGAGACGACUUCCCCCUCCGUAAGACAGCCUCGGAACCCAACCUGAAAGUGCGGUCCAGGCUCAAGCAGAAGGUGGCUGAACGGAGGAGCAGCCCCCUGCUACGCCGCAAGGAUGGGACUGUCAUCAGCACCUUUAAGAAGAGAGCCGUGGAGAUCACAGGCACCAGCCCUGGGGUGUCGUCUGUGUGUAACAGUGCGCCCGGCUCCGGCCCCAGCUCUCCCAACAGCUCCCACGGCACCAUCACCGAGAAUGGCUUCACGGGCUCUGUCCCCAACAUCCCCACGGAGAUGCUCCCCCAGCACCGGGCACCCCCUCUGGACAGCUCACCCACGCAGUUUAGCCUCUACACAUCCCCCUCUCUACCUAACAUCUCCCUAGGGCUGCAGGCCACAGUCACCGUCACCAACUCACACCUCAGCGCCUCUCCCAAGCUGGCGACGCAGCAGGAGGCCGACAGGCAGGCCCUCCAGUCUCUGCAGCCAGGCGGCUCUCUGACGGGCAAGUUCCUGAGCACCUCCUCCAUCCCUGGCUGCCUACUGGGUGUGGCACUGGAGGGUGACGCUGGCACCCACGGGCCUGCCUCGCUGCUGCAGCACGUGCUGCUGCUGGAGCAGGCCCGGCAGCAGAGCACCCUUAUCGCGGUGCCACUCCACGGGCAGUCCCCCCUGGUGACCAGCGAGCGUGUGGCCACCAGCAUUCGGACCGUGGGAAAGUUGCCCCGGCACCGGCCACUGAGCCGUACGCAGUCCUCGCCGCUGCCACAGAGCCCGCAGGCGCUGCAGCAGCUUGUCACACAGCAGCAGUUUCUGGAGAAGCACAAGCAGCAACAGCUACAGCUGGGCAAGAUCCUCACUAAGACUGGGGAGCUGCCUAGGCCGCCCACCACACACCCUGAGGAGACGGAGGAGGAGCUCACGGAGCAGCAGGAGACCUUGCUGGGGGAGGAGGCCCAGACUGUGCCCCGGGAGAGCUCCACGGAGAGCGAGAGCACCCAGGAGGACCUGGAAGACGAGGACGACGACGAGGAGGACGGCUGCGUCCAGGUCCAGGACCCGGCAGGUGACAGCAGCCCCGAGGAGAGUCCUGACCUGGAGGAGACCGGCGCUGGCUACAAAAAGCUGUUCGCAGAUGCCCAGCAGAUGCCGCCCCUGCGCGUGUACCAGGCGCCCCUCAGCCUGGCCACCGUGCCCCACCAGGCCCUGGGCCGCACCCAGUCCUCACCUGCUGCGCCAGGGGGUGUGAAGAGCCCCCCAGACCCACCCACCAAGCUCCUCUUCACCACGGGUGUGGUGUACGACACCUUCAUGCUGAAGCACCAGUGCGUGUGUGGGAACACGCACGUCCACCCUGAGCACGCUGGCCGCAUUCAGAGCAUCUGGUCCAGGCUGCAGGAGACCGGGCUGUUGGGAAGGUGUGAGCGGGUCCGGGGCCGCAAAGCCACCCUGGACGAGAUCCAGACGGUGCACUCGGAACUACACACACUGCUCUAUGGGACCAGCCCGCUCAACCGGCAGAAGCUGGACAGCAAGAAGCUGCUCGGUCCUAUCAGCCAGAAGAUGUAUGCUGUGUUGCCCUGUGGGGGCAUCGGGGUGGACAGCGACACUGUGUGGAAUGAGAUGCAUUCCUCCAGCGCCGUGCGCAUGGCUGUGGGCUGCCUGCUGGAGCUGGCCUUCAAGGUGGCGGCGGGCGAGCUCAAGAAUGGCUUUGCCAUCAUCCGGCCCCCAGGACACCACGCCGAGGAGUCUACUGCCAUGGGAUUCUGCUUUUUCAACUCUGUGGCCAUUGCAGCCAAACUGCUGCAGCAGAAGCUGAGCGUGGGCAGGGUCCUCAUUGUGGACUGGGACAUCCACCACGGCAAUGGCACCCAGCAGGCCUUCUACACCGACCCCUCCGUCCUCUACAUCUCACUGCACCGCUACGACAAUGGCAACUUCUUCCCGGGCUCCGGGGCACCCGAGGAGGUUGGUGGGGGCCCUGGCGUGGGGUACAACGUGAACGUUGCCUGGACGGGUGGCGUGGACCCUCCCAUUGGAGAUGUGGAGUACCUGGCGGCCUUCAGGACUGUGGUCAUGCCCAUCGCCCGUGAGUUCGCGCCGGACGUGGUCCUGGUCUCCGCCGGCUUUGACGCCGUGGAAGGACACUUGUCCCCCUUGGGUGGCUACUCUGUCACCGCCAGAUGCUUUGGCCACCUGACCAGGCAGCUGAUGACACUGGCAGGAGGCCGGGUGGUGCUGGCCCUGGAGGGGGGACACGACUUGACCGCCAUCUGUGACGCCUCUGAGGCCUGCGUCUCUGCUCUGCUCAGUGUGGAGUUGCAGCCCUUGGACGAGGCCAUCCUGCAGCAGAAGCCCAAUGUCAACGCUGUAGCCACGCUGGAGAAAGUCAUCGAGAUCCAGGGCAAACACUGGAGCUGCUUGCAGAGGUCUGCAGCGGGGCUGGGCUGCUCCCUGCGGGAGGCGCAGGCUGGCGAGGCGGAGGAGGCGGAGGCUGUGAGCGCCAUGGCACUGCUGUCUGUGGGCGCUGAGCAGGCCCAGGCCUCAGCCCGGGCACACAGCACUAGGCCGGCGGAGGAGCCCAUGGAGCAGGAGCCUGCCCCGUGACCCCAGCCCAGCCUUCAUCAUUGUGAUUUUGUUUAUUUUUUCUAUUAAAAACAAAAAGUCACACAUUCAA